AUGUGGAGAGCUGACAGCUUAGGCACCUCAUCUAUCGUCUCCACCUCGUAUCCGUUCCUUCCGCACCUGCAUCUCCUCUCGUCAAUAGUCGAAACGGUGGUCCAGCUGAGAGAGCUCGGACAUCGAGUGGUGCUUUGUAGCUCUGGCGCUAUCGGUGUUGGUUUGAGGCGGAUGGGGUUGAAAGAGAGGGGUAAGGGGUUAUCGCAGAAGCAGGCUCUGGCUGCUGUCGGUCAAGGCCGCCUCAUAGCCUUAUGGGACAACCUGUUCUCCCAGCUGGACCAGCCCAUUGCCCAGAUCCUGCUCACUCGGACGGACAUCGCAGACCGAACACGAUACCUCAAUGCUCAAAACACGUUUUCAGAAUUGCUGAAUAUGGGCGUAGUCCCUAUUGUCAACGAAAACGAUACAGUAUCCGUAUCUGAAAUCAAAUUCGGCGAUAACGACACCCUAUCUGCCAUUUCUUCCGCUAUCGUCCACGCAGACUACUUGUUCCUGCUCACCGAUGUGGAGUGUCUCUACACCGACAACCCUCGGAACAACCCAGACGCCAAGCCCGUUUACGUCGUGCGGGAUAUAGAAAAGGUCAAGCAAAGCGUAUCCACCUCCACAUUAGGCACCUCCCUCGGUACCGGCGGUAUGUCCACCAAACUCAUUGCCGCCGAUCUCGCAACAGCCGCAGGCGUCACGACAGUCAUCAUGCACUCAGAGCACGUCCGGGAUGUGUUUGCGGUGAUCAAGGAUGGGCCGGGGCCUGCUAGGGACUAUGAUGGGGUCAUACCGGGGGAAGUGGAGGGUGGGGAGGUGGGGGUCAGGUGUACGAGGUUUUUGAGGAGGGAGGUGGCAUUGAAAGACCGGAAAUGGUGGAUCGCGCACGGACUUCACGCUUCUGGCUCAGUCGUGAUCGACGAAGGAGCGUACCGAGCCAUCCGGAAACGAGAAUCAGGCCAUCGGGUCCUUCCAGCCGGUGUCGUCCGUAUCGAGGGCGUCUUUGCUUCUUCGCAAGCCGUCAGACUGCUCGUCCGUCGUCGACGCCGCACGGCCGAUCUAUCCCAGUCACACCAGUCCGGGCGGUCCAGUAUCGACGACAAUUCUUCACGUCCGCCUCGACGCUCAGGCUCGAAACGCGGUUCCUCCUCCGCUCUGGCGAACGAGCUGGGACACUCUGACGUGGAUACCGAGACGGAGGGAGAGGGCCGGGGAGUUCAGCGAGGGAGAGGGAGUGAGCCUGAAACUCCGACGAUACUGCCUGCAGCGAGCAUGUCGAGCUCGAUCGCGUCGCUGGAUCCGCUCAAUCGGGCGGGAUCGGCUAGUCCUGCGCUACCCAGCGGGGCCAGCGGGGGAAUGGGGAUGGGGAUGUCGACGAUGAAGGAGGAAGGGGAAGGACAGGAGGACGGGCGGGAUGAUGGGCAAGGGGAAUGGGAAGAGGUGGAUGUGGGCAAGGGGCUGGCGCUGUAUAAUUCGAUGGAGAUGGAGAGGAUCAAGGGGAUGAAGAGUUCUCAUAUCGGGCAGAUAUUGGGGUACUGCGAGAGCGAGCACGUGGUCGACUCCAUCACGUUUUGGUAG